AUGGCGAUCUCGACGUUCAGCAAGAACUGGACGCUUGGGCUGAUGAUGCUGGCGCUGGUGGUGCUUUUAUGGGUACUGUCCUCGUUUUUGAUAAAUAUAAUAUUCGAGUCUGGGUCUUAUAGGAAACCGUUCCUGAUCACAUACAUCAACACGGCAGCAUUCAUGUUCUACCUGGUACCGACAUGGCACAAUAUCAUAAGGAAUUACAACCAAACGGGCAAUUUCUAUAUCCACGAGGAGCUUCUCUUUCAAGAGGAGGGAACGACCGUUCACACAGCUGAGGAGGAAACCAAUGGGGGGAAUCCUGUCAGUGGCAGCGAGACGGGCGAUGAUAACACUGCAAGAAAUCUUUUAGUACGGAAGAACGACGUGGAACAUGAGGAGAAUGACGGGAAUCUACAGAGGCUGUCACUACCAGAAACGAUCAAACUGAGUGCACAGUUUUGCAUACUGUGGUUUCUAGCUAAUUUCGCUACUAAUGCUGCACUAGCAUACACAUCUGUCUCCUCGCAAACUAUACUGUCCUCGACUUCCUCCUUCUUCACUUUGUUCAUCGGGGCUCUUUGUAACGUCGAAUCAAUCAAUCGGUUGAAGCUUAUCGGAGCAGUAAUCUCGUUCGUUGGGAUCACACUGGUUACGAGAUCGGACUCGAACCAGAAAUACAAAAAAACGAUAGGGAUACUGGACGAUACAGAUGGGGAACACACAUUUUACGUGUUUAUCGGGAACCUACUGGCACUUGCCGGUGCUCUGUUUUACGGUGUGUACAGCACUUUGUUGAAGAAGAAAGUCGUCGAUGAGAACAGAAUAAAUAUGAAGAUAUUCUUUGGGUUUGUCGGUCUAUUUACAGUCUUGCUCCUUUGGCCAUCGCUACUGGUUCUAGACCAUCUAGGUUGGGAAACUUUUGAAUUGCCUAGAGAUCCACAAGUUAUCUUCAUUAUUUUACUGAACUGUGUGAUUACCUUCAUCAGCGAUUUUUGUUGGGCGAAAGCAAUGUUGCUGACAAGUCCGCUAACCGUCACUGUAGGAUUGAGCGUAACGAUACCCGUCGCUAUUUUUGGAGAUUUCAUAUUUCGGCAUAAGAAAAUGUCCUUCGUCUAUCUCAUUGGUGCAGUCUUUAUAUUGAGCUCUUUCUUCAUCAUAAGUAGGAGCUCAGAAGAGGAGCAUUUCGAAAGAGCCAUGAGCGAGGAGGAGGCUCUCGAGGGUGGGGCAGCGUAG